GAAAGGAAAGCAGCUCGUCUGACAUCUGCUGUCUGAAAAAAGAAAAAGUGCAAAAAAUAUUCCUGACAAAAUGUAAUUAUUUACCGAAUAGAAAUAAGGCUUUUCCGGAUUCUGCAGUUCGCAACAUGGUGUUCGUCCCUAGCGCAUCGAGUCUGUUUUGCGAAAUGUUUUUUUUUAAGAAGAUGUAAAAAAUAAUCGUAAACUAUACUUUAAUUACGCCUAUUUGUCAAUGUAGGAAUUCAUUAUUUGAUCUCUUCCGGUGUGAAAUAAACACUAAAGAAAAAGAAACAUUUUGUUUUUGGAAGAUCGCUCUAAGUAACAUAAUCCUAGUAGGCGUGUUUCGUGUAGCUUAAUGUAACGUGUGUAUGUGUGUGAAAGUGAGUGUUUUGUGUUAUUUGCUUAAUAUACAAAAAAGUGUAACAGUACGAUAAAAUAGCACAACGCUGUCUACGCGAUCAUAAUACGGUCGGCUGGUGAUGAUAGGACAGCAUUGUAACAAGAACGCUUGCAGGAAAGUUAGCAGUGAGUAAGUGGAGUAACGAGCGUCACCGGAUAUUGCUAGAUCAUUGCUAGCGGAAACUAACCCCGACAGAUCGGUGCCGGAUCGUGAUAGAAGCGAAUGAGUGCGCGGUGGCGUUCCUCCAUUUUGCAGGCCGAUAAGCCGUUGCCAUCUAUCAUCCGUACCGCAGAUUGUCGACGUCUACGCCGGUGUUUUGAACCAGGAAAUCCUUCCUGGGUACUGUGGGUGGAAUCUACCAAAGGAAAGGAAAUCGACGACGAUAAGUACCACCUUCCACUUCUGGGACGGUUGCUGCUGCAGCACCGUCGACAGUAGUAGACGAGGGAUCCAAAGCAAUGACCGAAGCUCAAGCCAAUGAGUACCUCCGGAAUCGACUGUGGCAGAAGGCGAAAGACAUCUACGACAGCAUCGUUGAAGCCUCCGGUAACGAUCAACCGUCAGGUCGAAGACUCUCGAAGGAGCAAGUAAUCGCGUGUCUUUACGGGCGGACAGAAUGCUGUCUAGAGCUGCAACAGUACGAUCAGGUAACGCAGGACUGCCAGCGAUUGCUAAAGCUGCUUACUCUAGCCGAGAACGCCGCCAACAACAAUAGCAACCCAAACAGCAACGGGAGCGCUCCAGUAUCGUCCACCGAAUCUCCCAGCCCUACACCGUCCUCAUCGUCGACUGGAUCGUCGUCCUCUUCGUCGGGCAAGGGUACGUCGGCGAAAUCCACCGCUAAUGGAACAUCCAAUGCCGGCGUCGUUGGUGCAAGCAGCACCGAAUCGAAGAUCCGCAAACGGCUCAUACACUCGCUGUUCAAGCAGCAAAAGUUCAGCGAAGCGGAAGUGAUCCUGCAGGAAUGGGCUACGUGUCCGGGCGCUAAUCAGGACAUCGGACGGUACCUCGAUCGGUUGAAGGUGUUGCUACAGAUGGCUUCAUCGUCCGGUGGAUCGUCACCAAGUGCUGAUGGUGGUGGAGAAAACCAGCAAACCAAUGCCGGUGGUAAUAACAACUUACCCGACGGAUCACCGGCUACUGGCGCCGAACACACCACGAGUUCAAGUUCGUCGACCGUUUCUUCGCUUUCAUCACUAAAUGACGAGUAUGAACAGAUUGAGACGAAGCUGGAUAAGCUUAUCCUGAACAAUCUACCGCCGGAUCGUUACACUAAGCAGCUGGGUCGGAUAGAGAGCCAGCUGAAGGUGGGAAACGGCGAUACUACGGAGGGGCUUUCGGCUGAGCUUGAUGAAGCAAAUCAAAAGCCGGUUGGCCUGAAAAAACAGCAGCAGGACGGCGAUAUUCCCAAGGAGACAGAACCGACGGCGGGCGGGAAAUCGGCGGGAAAAGCUUCGACCGCAACACACAUGAACAGUAGUGGUAGCAGUUGUAGUAGCAGCAGCAGCAGUAGCAGCAGUAGUAGCAGCAACAGUGAUAGCAAAGCUAGUGAUAGUAACUGUAAUUUAUUCAAUGAAGCAAACAGUGAUAAGGGCGAGAAGAAAGCAUCCAACACAGAUCGAGGAACGGUCGGUGGAUCGGGAGGGUCUCGUACAAUGGAUAGCUCGUCCGGUGGUCGCGGUUCCGGAACGGUUGGUGUUAGCGGUGGAAAAUUAGCUAACAACCAUCCGGCGGAGAAGCACGGCAAAGCGGUCGGUGGUUCAUUCGGACAGGACAAACUAUCUGGUGGCGGCAGCAAAGGGAUGCCAAUGGACAAAUUGAGCAGUAUUACCUGUGUCUACUGUACGCUUUCGUUUGCCGAUCGGUCAGAAUUGCGCGCGCAUUGCCAAACUGAGAGCCACCAGAACAUCAUCAUGUCGGAUGAAGGUCGAGACUGGAAAUGGCGUCCACCUCCUCGCGGCUUCGUAGCCGAGUCGUACACACUGUGUGAAAAGUUUCAGGAUAAUCAAAACUGUCACUACGGCAACCAAUGUGUUGAGGCACAUGGUGUCGAUGAGCUGAACGAGUGGAAGGAACGCUUUGAGUAUCGCAAGAAGAAACUGCAGCGAGCACGUGACAAAGAACUGUACGGCAAGAGCUACACGGAGCAGCUGCUGGAACGGUGGGUGCAGGCACCCAGCCCGGAGAAGGUGAUGCGCGAAAAGGUGGAAGGUGUUGAGGAUAGCUGUUCGCACGAUCUCGUCACAACCAUCUCCUCGAAAGUAAGCAAACGCGAAUGGUCGUUCGUGCUAAAGUCGAAGCGCCACCUGAAGGCGGUGGCACUGCUCCAGGACGCGCAUCGGAAUCAUUUCGUGUUGAAGCAAGUCUGCCCGGGAGAGCUGCGAAUCGGUGGUGCGGGCAGCAGUAGUGGCAGCAACAACACUAAGAAGGGGAUGAUCGCCGGUGGGAAAGGUACAUCGACUGAGGCGGAGCUUAACUCGGAGCAGGAGUGGAUUGCUCCGUCGGCCAGCACCGACAAGGGUGAUACGACCGCUACCAUACUGGAGCACCGUGUGAAGGUGGGUUUCAGUACGGAAAUUUACGGUACCUUUCGACAAACGGUGGUGUUCGAUUUCGGACGUGAACCGGUGCUGGUAAAGCACAUUUGCGUUGAUGUGGUGCCGGUGACGGAGGUCGACAAAAUACAGGAGAUUAAGAAGGACAUUGUGAUGUCGACGGCUGAACGAUGGGAUGAGACAAACUCGGAGAUAUUCGAGUUUACCACCGCUCCCAUUCCACACAUGCACACACCGGCCUAUACAGCGGAUGCGGAACGCGAGAAGGAUCUUCUCGUGCGCUACCCACUUCCGAAGGCUUCCACGUUCGUGCUGACGCAGUCGACAAUUACGGAAAAGAAGCUAACGCGCAACAACUAUCGUAACCGCAUCCAUGAGCUGCUGUACGUGGAAGAAAUCGCAAGGUACGAGCAGAUAGCGCGCUACAACCUGACCACGCGACUUUCGAUCGUGACCAACUACCUGCUCACUCCGAGCGGUAUGGCGACCAGCACGGCAAAGUAUUCACACUCGGGCGAAUUGUUUGCGUUGAUGAAGCUCGGCAAGGACGUGUCGGAAGAUACGUCCGCUGGGCGAUUGAUUUUGAACAAUUGCCAGGCGGUGUACAUUGCGGCAGCCCGUGAAACAAUUCCCGCUGGCGAACGGCGCAAGGUGUACGAAGCAGUAAUUGAGGAUAAGGGCAAGAACAUGAUCUACCUGAAGGUGUCGGCGAAAGCGGUGACCGGGCUAGGGCUUAAACCGGACACAGAGUUCCUGUCCGACAUCCAGUUCCAACCAAACCGUCUGACGUAUUGUGAGUGGCAUCAAGCAAUCGACAAGAUUGCCGACUUUCGCAUCAUCUUUCCGGAGAUCUUUCUCGAACCGAGUAUCCCGUGGACACCGCAGCGCCAGUGGGAUGCAUCGCUCGAUCCAAAGCUGAACUCAAAGCAAAAGGAAGCGGUAGUAGCGAUCACGACACCGGUCAAUGUGCCGCUGCCACCGAUUCUGUUGAUUGGGCCGUUCGGUACGGGCAAAACGUAUACGCUGGCACAGGCGAUCAAGCAGCUGUUGUUGCAGGACAGCACAAAGAUUCUGAUCUGCACACAUUCAAACUCGGCUGCCGAUCUUUACAUCAAAGACUAUCUCCAUCCAUGGGUAGAAGAGGGCAUGACGGAGGCACGACCACUGCGUGUAUACUACCACAAGCGCUGGGUAGCGACGGUUAACAGUAUUGUCCAGAAGUACUGUCUGGUGGAUUUGAACAUCAACAUGCGCAACUUUCGACGACCGACUGUGAAAGACAUCCUGAAGCAUCGUAUCGUCGUGGUGACGCUCAACAUUUCGACGGAGCUGGCCUCACUGGAUCUGCCGAAGGGCCACUUCACCCACAUCUUCCUUGACGAGGCGGCCCAAGCGAUGGAGUGCGAAGCGAUCAUGCCACUAGCGCUUGCCGGUGAAGGUACGCGCAUCGUGCUGGCCGGCGAUCACAUGCAAAUGUCUCCGGAGCUGUUUUCGAACUUUGCCAAGGAGCGCAAACUGCACGUUUCGCUGCUGGAACGGCUGUACGAUCACUACCCGAACGAUUUCCCGUGCAAGAUUUUGCUGUGUGAAAACUAUCGUGCGCACGAUGCCAUCAUCCGCUUCACAUCGGAACUGUUUUACGAGCAGAAGCUGAUCGCAUCGGGUAAGCAACCGCGGCACGAGAAGUUCUACCCGCUAACGUUCUUUACGACCCGUGGCGAGGAUGUGCAGGACAAAAAUUCGACCGCCUUCUACAACAACUCGGAGGUGUACGAGGUGGUUGAGCGCGUGUGUGAGUUGCGCAAGAAGUGGCCAAGCGCGUGGGGUAAGAUCAACGACCAGAGCAUCGGUAUUAUGACGCCCUACGCGGAUCAGGUGUUCCGUAUCAGGUCGGAACUGCGCAAGCGACGCAUGGGCGGUAUCAGCGUGGAACGAGUGGCAAACGUGCAGGGCAAACAGUUUCGAGCGAUCUUUCUCUCGACGGUACGCACCAGACGCACGUGCAAUACGAACCCGAGCGAGGGCACGAAUACAAAUGAGGAGGUGGACUACGGAUUUCUCAGUAACUCGAAGCUGCUCAAUACGGCGAUCACACGCGCCCAGAGUCUUGUAGCGGUUGUCGGUGAUCCAGUGGCGCUCUGCUCGAUCGGCCGGUGCCGCAAGGUUUGGGAGCGUUUUAUCGAGAUUUGCUACCAAAACAAGAGCCUGUUCGGUAUCACCUGGUCGCUGUUGCGUUCGCAGCUUGACGGCGUAGAGCUAAAGAAGACGUACGUGCUGAACCCACUCGCACCGGAAUUUAUUCCUAGGGCUUUGCAAGGGGAGGCAUAUCUGCGCGAUCAAGCCGCAAGUAUUGGUGGGCUAGCGAUGUCGGCAUCGGGCCAAUUUCAUCCACUUGCGGUGGCUGCUCACCAUGGUGGGCCGGUGGGAGCACCACACCAAAGUCAUCACGGAUCAGCACACCAACAACAACAGCAACCCCAGCAGCAGCAACAACAACAACAGCAGCAGCAGCACCCACAGCAACAGCACCAACAGCAGGUUCCGUCUGUGCAUGCGUCUCAUCACUUGCACCAUUUGCAAUCGCAUCACCAUGGCGCACCACAACAACCUGGUGCAGGAUCGUCGUUCCAUCAUGGUAACUUAGCAGCUGCAGCAGCAGCAGCAGCAGCGGCAGGCGGUAACUUCCCACUCGGCAAUGUUGCCGGAGGUUCGACUGGUGCAGGAAUAGCAGGCCUACCGAAUGCUGCAACUGCAGCCGCACUAAUGCGCAAUCAGCUGGCUAUUACACCCUUCAUAGGACCUACGUCUGCCGUCCAAGGGCCGGUAGCGCAAACGUCGAUGCUGCAGCAACACAUUCAAUCGCAGCAACCAUCACAACCGCAACCUCCACAGCAACAACCGCAGCAGCAACAGUUUCCCUACCAGAAUCAGCUGUAUUUCUAUCAGCAACAGCAACAGCAGCAACAACAAUCAUCCCAACAGCAAUCACUUCGUGCAGGUGGUCCAUCCCUAGUCCCACCAUCGGCCCUCGGAGGGCCACCGAUACCACCGAAUAUGGCGCCACCGAACCAGAACGCGCCGAACCUGUGGGGUUCGGGAGCAGGUAGCUCCUUCCCGAUGGUUUCUUCGCCCGGUGGUCGCAAUACACCGCCCGGUUGGCGAUUGGCGCAAAAGAACGUUCCACCCUCGAUACGCCCCCAGCUGGCGGCUGCUGUAGCAGCGGUGGCGGCCGCAGGUCAACCGGUGACGCAUCCGCUCAGCAUGGGAUUGCCCGGCGGUCCAAGUCGUCCCGGUCCGCCGCCUCUGAUUGCCCCACCGAUGCGUAGUCCGACGAUUGCCGGCGGACAGGCACCGCCUUGCCCACCAUUGGGACCAUUAUCGUACUUUCAACAGCAACCUAACAAAGGUCCCACCGGGGCCGCUGGUACCACGCUCAUGCAAACCCAGGCUCAACAGCAGCAACAACAACAGCAAGCCGGUGGUGCAUUUGGGCUUUACCAUCAAGCACCCCAUCUUGGCGGUGGCCCUUUACAGCAAGGACCCGUCGUUGCGCAGCCGAAUCAUCACAUCCGGCCAAUGCUGACCGGUGGACCCAUCAGUCCCAGCAGUUUUCAGCAGCAACAGCAGCCCCAGGUUGUGCCCAACUCCCAAUCGCAGGGACAUUUUGGGCAAACUGGAGACCUGUACAUGACCAGCAUCCAGAGCGAUUUGAUGGCCAUGUCUAACCGGAUGCCGCAUAUGGCGGUAGCGGCUGCUGCAGCGGCAGCAGUUGCCGCGGGACAGAAACUCGGCCCAGGAGCCGGUGGAGGUAACGGUGGAGUAGUUGGAGGUGGCCCGAUGGCACAUCGUGCGGGUGGAACCGAGCAGUACGCAAUGGACAAAGCGUCUGAUUUUCACUUUCUCCAAAACGUCCACUUUCCGGAGCUGCGCAAUUCUUCGGCAAAUCAUCAGAUGGGUGGUACGAUUGCGACUGUUGGGCCUCAUUUACCGGCAGUCUCUACAUCAGCGCAUUUAUUGCAACAACAGCAGCAGCAGCAACAACAACAACAACAACAACAUCAGCAACAACAAAUACCCGCAACCGUGCUUGGGUCGGUCGCACAGCAACAUCACGGUUCGCUCGGAUCCGCUCACGUUCUAACUGAUUUUAAUCAUCUGCUGCCAGCGGGCGUAAGUUUCUUCGAGAUGGCGGUGCAAACGAAAGAGUUCCAGUACUACUGGUUCACCAAGCUGAUGGAAACGAAAGGGCUCGAAGCGGCACACAAGUUCACGGACAUUCUGCGCCAGGUACCGACGGCUAAUUCGAUGAAAACGCAACCAACUGGCGGGCUGCCGGUUAAUAACCAGCAGCAGCAACCGGGUGCAAAGAUGCCCGGAUUAGUCGGCACGGGCGCUGGCAAUGGUCCACUUUCUUCACAGGCCGAUCUGUUUCUCGAUAACAUACUGAAUCCUAUGCGUGAUCCGCUGCUGCUCGGCGGUGGUGGCGCUAAUGUCGGGAACAUUGUGCAAGGUAACGUGCUGGUGAAUGGGGUUGCUGGUUCUGGAUCUUCAGCCAAUGCAGCCAACAACCAUCCGGGCGCGGGCGCUAAAAGUGGAGGUAUUCUCGAAUCGGUUGAUCUAUUUGCUAGCCUUUCAUCUUCACUUGCGCCUGAAAUUCCGUCCCUCGGUGGACCAGUACAACAGAGUCAGCCACAACAAUCUGUACCACUGUAUCGUCGUCAGGCAGGACAAAACUAUCAAAAUAGUGGUAGUGGCUCCGGUGGUGUAGGAGGAGGAGCAAGUAAUAGCAGCAGUGGUGGUGGUGCCAUCGGUACAGCUUCUUCAUCGAAUGCCCAAUCGAUCGAAUCGUCCACCCCGGAUCUACUCGAUUCAGUGCAAUUGCAUCAGCAUCAACAACAACAGCAGCAGCAGCAGCAACAACAGCAACAGCAGCAUCAGCAACAACAUUUUGGUAUGCAGCAAACGCUGCUCGAUUUGCUAGAACCGAAGAUAUCGCAACAGAACUACCUUUUCGGUGCUGCUAACGGUGGGAAUCAAUUUGCCGGUAAUACGUUGCUCGAACAGCACCAACAGCAGCAACAACAGAAUGGUGGAUUCCCUGGUAAUGGUGGUUACAGCUCCAUACAAAACAUUGCAGCGGGUUUGUUGCAACAGCAGCAGCAGCAGCAACAGAUGCAACAUCAGCAGCUUGGUGGUCGAGAUUAUAUGCCACACCUGACAUCACAUGCUGGUCCGCAAAUGGUGCAGGCCGGUUUGGUACAAUCUCAGCCGCAUCUGCACGACGAACAUCUGCUGUCCCAGCGUCCACCCGGUGUUGGUGCCGGAUCAGUAGUGGGCCCGUCUGGAAUGCCAACAUCAUCAGCAGCUCAUGCAACGUACGCAAGCGUACUGAGCCAGGGACAACAACAGCAGCAUCAUCACCAUCAGCAGCAGCACCAUCACGGUAAUAAUGCUAAUCAGCAUCAGGUGCAACAGCACCACCAUUAUGCCAGUCAACAGCAACAGCAGCAGCAGCAGCACGCUAUAAUGGAUGGUCUGAAGCAGCACGGAAAGAUCGAUCUUUCCGAUGGUGGUCUUGGCGGUACUGGCGGUGCACUGGUUGAUGGCAGUUCAAACAAUGGCAACAAUAGUGCAGUGGGCAACGACCCCUUCGCUCCGUUGCGCAAUCUUGGUGGCAAAAGCAAUGGGCUUUACAAUUAUUUUCUUUAAAAUGUUUUAAUCGAUUGCUGAAGGGUGGAUUGCCGAACGAAAGGGGAGACCUCCAAAUGGAUCCUUUAGCAUCACACAACGAGCUAAACGCCAGUAAGCUCCCCGAUGUGUUGCAUGGCGGUAUCGAAUGGUCUCCUACGAAGAAAGAGUCCCAAUCAAUUUAGGCAGCCGGUGUUGCAAAACCACAUUGUAGAAGGCAUUGUGUGAAUUAUUAUUUCUUAUAGAAAAACAGCCACCCUUAGCGGGCGUUCAUAUAUGCGAAGAUGUAGAAGCUACAACAAAAAAACAAGAAAAGAAAAAAAACAAAACAUAUGCUUGAAAAGAUAAAUUGAAAGCGAUUUGAAGAAAAAAAAUGAAAAAGCACAGUAGUAAACAAAAAACGAAUAAAUGAUAAAAAAUAAAACACUAGAAAUACGCUACAGAAAAUAAGAAAAACAAAAAAUCAUAAAAAAAGGAAAAAAGCUAUAAAAACACUAAAAAGUUAUGUCUACACUUAUGGUUUAUAUAAAUGUUACAAACACAAAAAUUGACAAAAAAAAUGCAAACAAAUUGUGUAAAGAAUUACAGUAGCGAUGGUUUGAACGAUGAAGAAGAUACGGCACGUACAGAGAAUGGAAAAAGAUUUACAGUUUACACAACCGUAGGCAUUACAUGAUGAUGUAGUAUGAUAAGUAAAGCACCUAUAGUUAUGAGAUUGCUCGUGGUUUGGGAAGGGGAAAAUGGUACAGCUGGCGCAAGGGGAAGAGGUAACUCUCUUCAGCCCGAAGGAGGCGAUUAAUGAUAAGAUUCAUGUGUAAACAUACUACGUUCAUGGAGAAAAAGAACAGAAAACAUAACUGAAAAAGUAACACACACAAACCGGCAUGCAAAGUGGAAAAAUCGGGAGACAUACACAACACAUACAUACUACAUUGACUUUAGUGUAAUCGUAAGGAAUCGUCAUACCGAUAUAAUUAUUAUACUCUAUUAUUUACUUCUUUAACUUGAACAUACUUGAAUCGGUUUAUUAUUUUUCUUUUAUACUUUUUUUAAAUUACAUUUAUACUCAUUUUUCUUGUGCUUACUUUUACUCGCUUUCUUAUUUAAUGUACGGAUCUAAUUGCUACUAUUAUAUACUUUUGCCUAGCGUAUAUACAUAUAUGCGUAUACUAUCUACAAAUUAAAUAUCAAACAUGCAAGUUCGUAAACAGAAGAAGAAACUAUGGAAAUAAAUUAUGCUCCAGUAAGAUGUGUUUCAUGUUUUUAUUUUGUUUUUGUCUUCUGUGUUUUUAGUUGAUGUUGAUUGAUUUGUUUAAUAAUCUUUUUUCUUUCUUUGUUUUCAUAGACAGGAUUAUGAAAGAAUUAUAACUGACAUGAAAUGAAUUUCUGCAGUAGAAGCGAAAAUCUUCUUCGCUGAAACUAAUGCUGCUCCGUAUGUGUUAGAUAAUGGGCAACAAUUGAACCAAACAGUAUCAAAAUUGCAAACGAAUAGGGGAACAUCUAUCGACAUUUUUUUUCGUGAAAUCGGAUUGAAUUCGUGAAGAUAACAGGGACGGUAAAACAGGCGGAAGGACGAUUUAAAGGAUUGAAAGCAAAUAGUAAUUUUAGUAAAAGCCGUUAAAACUAAAUGAAAUUGAAUGGCGAUCAAAUCGCCCUCAAAAUAGAAGCCCACAAUUAAAUAUAAAAACGAAAGAUAGAGAAAGACUAUUGCAGAAGAAAUGUCAGAUGACACACAUUCUUGUAAAGAAUAAUUAGAAAAAGGAGGAGUAUUCUUCUAGCAACUAACGAGAAUACAAAAAAAACACAAACAAACAUACAGAUAUUAACUAACAUCAGAAACCUAAUAAUGAAACCAAGCAAACCAGUGCGGAUUAAAUAAAGAAAAACAAAUUGAAAAUGUAAAAGAACAGUAAAAAUGGUAAACAAACGAAAAACGAUGAGUUACCUCAUCACAAAAAAAUAUGUGUGCAUGAUAAUUAAAUCACCCCACGAUUAGAGAUAUUUAUAUAUACAUACAUACCGAUAGAACUUGUAAGCAAUGAUCAAUAUAAAAAAGUAGGAGAAAGAGAGAAAAAAAUUCAUCACCCCAUUCAUUUACUAACUCAUUUCCUCGUACGAAACAAUGAUAAAGCUAAUAGUUUUGUUUAUAAAUUAAACUUUUCUUUUCGUUACUUAAUUUGUAUUUUAAACAAUUACUUCCUUUCAGUGUAGUUCCGCCAUUUCCGAUCGCUUUGCAGAAUGCGAAUGCAGAAUGGGUUAAAAGAUAGGGAAAAAGUAUAUAAAACGGAAAAAAGAAACAAAAAAAAACCAAACGGAAAACAACAAAACUGAACGAGACGAAUAUAUUUAAAUGAAACGUGUAACAGUAAGAACAAUAUAUAUGGAAAUAUUUAUAUAUGUAUGUACUUUUUAAACAGGAAUAAAACUAUAUAUAUAUAUAUUGAAGCAGACAAAAUGGAAAUUAGAUUGCAAACUUCAUAAAUAAAAUUGAUAAAAAACAGAAAAAAUAUUAAAAAACACACUGAUAAUGGAAGAUGAAACGCCGACAGAACGGGUAGAAUGUGAAUGGAAACGAAAGAGAUAAUGAUGAAAGUGGGGUAAACAAACUAACAAUGAAGCAAACCAAGUCAACACUGAGUGUAGCAUUAGGGCAAAUUUAUAAGGAAGUAAAACAUUUGAAAAACAAAAAUAGAGUACAGCUAAAUUGCAAUAGAAACAAAACAAGAUAACAACAACACGAUACAUGAUAACACAGUGCACAUCAAAAGACAUAGUUUAGUUUUUGUACAACGUGUUUUUGUUUCGUUUUUGUAUAAGUUUACCGUUUAUUACCAACCAAAUUACCAUGCAUUGAUUGUGAGGAGAUAAAUUGUUUUCAAAAAAUGAAUUUACGUUUGAUAUUUUUGAACCGUUUGGACAGGUUUGAUGAUGCCAGGUAGAACAGACAAAAAGUAUGAUGAUAUAGUGCGGGCGGGUGGUUUUUGUCCCGUAUGAAGGUUUCCUCCCGCAAGAACUGUUUGCAAAAAAAACGAGCGAUAUAACCAAACUCAUCGCCAACCUGAAUCUGUUUAUGUUCAUUGAAUGUUUAAAAAAACAUAACAAGAAGAACGACAAAGUGAAGCGGAAAAUCGAAAAACAUUUGAAAAGUUAUUUGAAAAUGAAAGAAGCAAAAACAGAAACAGCAACUACCAUGAUAAAGAGAGAGAGAGAGAGAGAAAAAUAAAUGUAAACAUCAACUACGAAUGACCACAACUAGUAGGGGGAUGGGGAGAGAUUUUGCUAGAACAAAGGGAAAUAGAAACGCAGAGGAAAGCGGAAA